AUGGAAAUACUCAAAGUGGACACCUUGGUCUGUGGCGGCGGAAUGUCUGGCAUGUCAUGCGCUGCAUUUGCAGCAGGCGCAGGAGCCAAAACACUGGUGGUUGAGAAACAAGCAGAGGUCGGCGGAUCAUCGGCCCUUUCAGCAGGCAUGUUCUGGGCUCCUCACACGUUCGAAAAAUUGCGAGCCUGGGUACCAGAAGGUGACCCAGUUCUUCAACAAGCAUGGAUGGACGAGUAUCUGUCGGCAGUGCAAUGGAUGCGAGACAAUGGGAUCCCGACGGCGCAGCGAUUCGACGGCAUCAUGACUAUCGGAAUUGGUUUCCCAAUCAAGAUUCCUCAGCUUCAUGAACUGCACCGGAAGCGCAUCGAAGGAAGCAAAAAUGGUUCUCGGAUUAUGACCAAUACAUCUGUGGUAAAGCUCAUUCAAGAGAAGCCGGGGGUACCUGGAUCGCGGGUCACAGGUGCUAUUGUUCGUCAACAUACCCCAGGACUGGCGGAAAACUACUACGAAGUUAAGGCAAAGGUGGUUGUUUUGGCCACUGGAGGAUUUCAAGGAUCUCCCCAGAUGACAGCUACAUACUUGGGACAGGGCGGAGACAACAUUUUCGUGCGGUCCAAUCCAGGAUCCGUGGGCGAUGGCCUCAGUCUUGCCUCCAGGUCAGGUGCUGGAACUACCAGGGGUAUGAAUACAUACUACGGUCACCUCUUGGCGGCACCUGUGCGGGCACAGGAUGUGGACCCGAAGGAUUACCUUCCACUGGCACAAUACCAGAGCAAAUUCUGCUUGUUGGUCAACGAAGCUGGAAAGCGAUUUGCUGACGAGACGACUGGCGAUGAAAUUGUGAACCAAUAUUUGGCAAAGCAAGAAAAGCGCAGAGGAUUCUUGCUUUUCAAUGAGAAGACUCGCCUUCAACACACCGUGGGUGCACCGUUCCCCAAUGCCGGCUCUAUUGAUCGUCUGCAGAAAGCGCGUGAUUAUGGAUGCAAUGUCGCAAGUGCGCCAACUCUAAGCGGCUUAAUGGCAAUACUUCGUCAGUGGAGAGUAGAUUCCGCUCAGUGCGCUCGCACGAUUGAACAAUAUGACCAGGUUGUGCGCCUCGGAAAAACGAAUGUUGGACUCGAUGCUCCCGUUGGUCGUGGCGGCCCACCACCUGCGUCCCUAGUUGAUGGCGAAGGGCCAUUCUACGCCAUGGAAGUUCAACCAUCAAUUACUUUCACAUACGGUGGAAUCUCAAUCGACAAGCAUGGGCAUGCCUUGACCCCUGACAAAACCGAAGUUCCUGGCCUUUUGGUUGCUGGAGUUGAUGCUGGUGGAUUCAGUAACCUUGGCUAUGCUGGUGGUCUUGCUCUUGCAUUCGUGACCGGUUUGUGGGCUGCGAGGGUGAUCGCGCAGGAGCUGGGAUUACCAGAACCUCGUCUGCCGGCUGCCGAUGCAAAGGAUGCGGCGCCUAUGAACGGUCGGCUAUAA